AUGACUGGGAGCCACCGAGCUGCCCCGGCUGCACUGGGUACCCCAGCUUUCCCAACCCUCUUGCCAAAUGCAACAUUCACUCCAGGCCAAAAACAAUCUGGUGGCCAAAGUCCCAACAAGUUCAUGAGUGAACUACGCAGCAUCCACAUGCCAUCGUGGGCUGUUGCUGCCCUUAGUAUCGUCGGUUUGUGUGUGGUGCUGUCGUGUGCUGUGUGUGUAUGGAAGAAGUGCUUUAAAAAGAAGGACAAGGACAAAGAAAAGGACAAGAAAAAGGGAAAAGAGAAGAAUAAGGGAGGUUUUGACACUGAAAUGGAUGGAAGUUACAACGAGCCGCUGAAAGAUGAAGGUAACAAAGAAACAGAGCUGUCAGAUAAUGAGCCAAAGGAGGAGGAGAAGCUGGGCAGACUACAUUUCACAUUAGACUACAACUUCACAGAUAAUACGCUGGUAGUGGGCAUCUUGCAGGCUGCAGAGCUUCCUGCCAUGGAUGUGGGAGGUAGCUCUGACCCUUAUGUUAAACUCUAUCUGCUCCCGGACAAAAAGAAAAAGUUUGAGACCAAAGUUCAUAGGAAGACCCUCGAACCCAACUUCAAUGAGACGUUCACGUUUAAGGUACCAUAUACUGAGCUGGGCGGGAAGACACUGGUGAUGACUGUAUAUGACUUCGACCGUUUUUCAAAGCACGAUGCCAUAGGAGCUGUGAAGAUACCGAUGAGCAGUGUGGACUUCAGCCAGUCUCUGCAGGAGUGGAAGGACCUGCAGAAGGCAGAGAAGGAGGAGAGUGAGCGGCUUGGAGACAUAUGUUUGUCCUUGAGAUAUGUGCCUACUGCAGGGAAGCUGACAGUGGUGAUUCUGGAGGCCAAAAACCUGAAGAAAAUGGAUGUGGGUGGAUUAUCAGACCCUUAUGUGAAGAUCCACUUAAUGCAGAAUGGGAAAAGACUCAAGAAAAAGAAAACAACGAUAAAGAAGAACACUUUGAACCCUUACUACAAUGAGUCUUUCAGCUUUGAAGUGCCAUGUGAACAGAUAGAGAAGGUGCAGGUAGCAGUGACUGUGUUGGACUAUGAUAAGAUUGGGAAGAAUGACGCCAUAGGGAAGGUGCUGCUGGGCAGUAACAGCACUGGGACUGAGCAACGCCACUGGUCAGACAUGCUGGCAAACCCUCGGCGGCCGAUAGCCCAAUGGCAUAGCCUCCAGCCAGAGGAUGAAGUCAACGCACUAAUUUCCAACAAGAAAUGAAACUGUGACCCCAGUGGGCUAUGAAACAUUGCAGCAUUUACCUCAGCUAUUUCCAAUUUAUGUUUGUACUUCUGCCCUAAUUCCCCUUAAAAACUUUUGAGCUACUUAACUGAGUAAAUGUACCCAAUGAUACCCUGUUUUACCCUUGAUACUAUCUGAGUCACUAUUUCAAAUUUAAAGCCUUCCUUCAGUAAUUCCCUACUGCUUCUACCUAAACUGCUAUGAAGAGUUUUCAGCAAAGAUG